UGUAUUUGUUCUUGAGUGCUUGUACUAUCCCAUCUCUCCCUAACGUAAAAAGACUCUAUUGCAUCUCAUCUCUGCUCCCGAUACAGAGCAGCGUUUGUUUUGCUCUUGAUGUUGCUGCUUGCUCCCUCCCUCUCUCCCUAGCCAGCCUGCUCCCAACUGACAAGGCCCCCCACUCCCUGGUGUAAAAUCCGCACCUCCCGCGUCUCCCGCAGCAGGGGCCUAGAUCAGUCCAGCCAAGCGCCAGCAAGUCAACUCGAACCUCGAGGCCUGAAAACUCUCUCGCAACACUCUGGAGUUUGGCAGGCUGCAGGCUGGCAUCGACGCUGUGGUGGAUCCCGUGUCUGGAGAUUCCAAAUAAUAAAAUAAUAGUCAUAAAACCCCAGCUUCAGAACUCUCCCUCUUCCAUUUCAACCUUCAAAGUGCACCACAUAACACUACUUCUGGCGCCAUGGCCGACGAUGAUAUGGAUGUAGACGUUCCUGAUCAGCGAGGUACCAAACGGACUGCCGCUGAUGCUGGGCUUCCCUCCCACCCAUCCAGGAAAAUUCAGGCCCUUGAUCCAGAUGUGGUCAACAAGAUUGCUGCUGGGGAGAUCAUCGUGGCUCCGAUGCAUGCGCUGAAAGAACUGAUUGAAAAUUCAGUCGACGCGGGGGCCACCUCGGUGGAAAUCCUGGUCAAAGACGGCGGUUUGAAACUCCUCCAGAUCACGGAUAAUGGUCAUGGAAUCGAUUGUGAUGAUUUGGGAAUCCUGUGUGAGAGAUUCACAACUUCCAAGCUCAAAGCGUUUGAAGACCUGUCGUCUAUAGGCACCUAUGGCUUCCGUGGCGAGGCUCUGGCGAGCAUUAGCCACAUAGCUCAUCUCACGGUUACUACCAAGACCGCUGGCUCUAGCUGUGCCUGGAAAGCUCACUACAGCGACGGAAAAUUAGUUCCCGCAAAACCAGGCCAAACCGCAGAACCCAAGCCAACCGCUGGCCGAGGCGGGACCCAGAUCACCGUUGAGGAUCUGUUUUACAACGUCCCUACACGGCGUCGAGCUUUUCGAUCUUCAAGCGAGGAAUACGCAAAAAUCCUUGACGUCGUUGGUCGUUAUGCCGUACAUUGCUCUGGGGUUGCCUUCUCGUGUAAGAAGCAUGGAGAUUCUGGAGUCAGCAUAUCCACAUCAAUGAACUCCACCACAGUUGAUCGAAUUCGCCAAAUCCACGGUAGUGCUGUUGCCAGCGAGCUUGUCAACUUCAGUGUCGAAGACCCAAGGCUCGGAUUCCGUGCUUCAGGUUGGGCUAGCAACGCAAACUACCAUGCCAAACGGACCACUAUUCUCUUGUUCAUUAACCACCGCUCCGUGGAAUCUACUGCGGUACGACGGGCAAUAGAGCAGGCAUAUUCCAACUUUCUGCCGAAGGGAGGUCACCCCUUUGCCUAUCUCGAUUUAGAAAUAGAGCCGCAGCGAGUCGAUGUGAAUGUUCACCCAACGAAAAGGGAGGUUAAUUUCCUCAAUGAAGACGAGAUCAUUGCAUCCAUAUGCACGGCGAUCCAACAAAAGCUGGCAACAGUCGAUUCUAGCCGAACUUUUAUGGUACAAACGCUGCUACCAGCUGGACGAACUCGGAGUGAUGCAAUGAACCCCAACGCAGAGUCUCCAUAUAACGAUAAACAACCAACACCCCGAACUUUAUCUGGCACAAAACGUCCUUACGAAAACAAUCUUGUUCGAACAGAUGCGAGCAUGCGCAAAAUUACCUCCAUGUUGCCACCCGCGACCUCAUCACAAACAAGGCCGAUUCUUAACGGCAAUUCCCAACCCCAACCGCUUGAAGAAGACGGUCUCCGCUACGAAAGCACCGGUCGUGAACCCACUCGGAUACGGCUCACGUCUGUGAAAAACCUUCGCGCGGCUGUACGAUCUGCCAUGCACAAUAACCUUACAGAACUCUUCGCAUCCCUAACCUACGUCGGGCUCGUGGACGAACGGCGUCGAAUUGCAGCGAUACAAUCAGGCGUGAAGCUCUUCCUAGUCGACUACGGGAUGAUGAGCAAUGAAUUCUUCUACCAAAUAGGCCUUACCGACUUUGGCAAUUUCGGUAAAAUAAACCUCGAAUCCUCCCCACGGCUCGUCGACCUGCUCUCCCUCGCUGCCGCGACAGAGCGUGAUGAAUACCGUCGUCAGCACGUUGCCGCAUCAACAGCCAGGGAGCAAACAUCGGCCGACGCUGCAUCACCAACAGUAUCAGCGGAAAUCGAAGCCGUCGACUUUGACAGAAUAGUCAGCACAAUAGCAACCCAACUCAUCGAGCGCCGUGAAAUGCUUGAAGAGUACUUUUCGCUCUCCAUCUCUGAAGACGGCAACCUCCUCUCCAUCCCCCUCCUGCUAAAGGGCUAUAUGCCAUCUCUAGCCAAACUACCCCGCUUCCUCCUCCGCCUAGGCCCAUAUGUCGACUGGACAGACGAAGAAGCCUGUUUUCGCACGUUCCUCCGCGAACUCGCCGCCUUCUACACACCGGAACAAUUACCCAUUGCCCCACUUGCUGUCCCCAGCAGUAACGACAACAACAACAGCAGCAGCAACAUGAACAAUUCCGCAUCCACUUCCAUAACAAGACCCAUCCCACACAACGGUGAGACAGAAACAGCGACGGGAAAGACAACAAUAAACACCUCCCAAAGUACACCACCGCCCAGCGAUCCCCACGACACCGCUCCCACGACCAGCAGCGACACCGCAACACGAACAAAUACCACUACCGACGAUGCCACCGACGUCCACACUACCAACAACCAAAAAGACCCCCCCAAACACCCACACUCCCAACGUGAAGACGAAUCAAUCGUCCGGCGCCGUGCACAACUCUCCUGGACUCUGGAGCAUGUGCUCUUCCCUUCUCUGCGCGCGCGGCUUGUCGCGACGAAUGAUCUCGUCAGGGGCGUGGUGGAGGUGGCGGAUCUGAAGGGGUUGUAUCGGGUUUUUGAACGGUGUUGAUUGUGGCGGUGGUGGCGGUGAUGGUGGUGAGAUGAUUACACUCCCCCCAAUACCCGCGAGGAUAUAUAUAAUGCAUAUAUAAAACAAAACUAUGCAUUUACUUAUACGAGAGAAGCAAAGAGUUCUUCUCCUUUCUUCUUGCCUUUCUACCUACUCUCUUUCCCCCUUCUUCCAUAUUCUACAUUUAAACCCUCUGAACACUUUUUUUUUGUCUUUUAUUUUUCUUUAUUUUUCUUUAUUUUAUUUUUUAUUUUUAUUUUUAUUUAUUUUCUUCUUUUUUUCUUCCUUUAAAUCCUGUAUGUUGUAACUAGAAGUAGCUAAUCUAUUUACCAUCACUGCUAACUAGUAGUUGCUAAUAAUACCGUUAUCCUUCAGCUGUUGAACUUGUAUUAUAUCUUCUUAAGCUGCAUACGUGGGAUGGAUCCCACCCCACGUACGUUCUAGAUUCCACGAAAAAAAGAAAAAGAAAAAAAAGAAAAAGAAAAAAAAGAAAAAGAAAAAAAAGAAAAAGAAAAAAAGAAAGAAAAAAAGAAAGAAAAAGGCGAAAGGUAGUUAAGCAAU